GAAGCCCCAUGGCGGCUGUCCUUGAUGCUUUGGCAACCCGAGUGAUGAACACCAUACUGGAUAUGGGGGAAGAGAAGAUCAGCAUGCUGCUGGGCGUCUCCCAAGAGAUCAACAAGCUGGAAGCCAAUAUGGAACCCCUUCGGAACCUCCUCACCGACGCCGAGAGGAGGCGCAUCACUGACAGGAGCGUGCAGGCAUGGGUGACCAAGCUCAAGAGCGCCAUGUACGAGGCCUCUGACAUCCUUGAUCUUUGCCAGCUUGAGGCCAUGGACCGAAAGGACAAGCAACACUCCAGUGGCUUAUGCCUCCGACUCCGGGAGAAGCUGCCAUUUCUGGGCUGCCUCGGGGAUAAGCUGCAGGGUGUCCUCCAGCCCUUUCUCUUCUGCAUGCAGAACCCCGGAUUCGCCAACGAGGUAGGCGGACGCAUCAAGACUCUCAACGAGGAGCUGGCCACCAUCCGCCAGGGUGUCGCUAACUUCAAAUUCAUUGACCUUGGCUCCUAUGAGGAAAGGCGGAGGCCGCCGACCAGUUCGGCCUCCUACCCCAAGCGUGAAAACGCACAGUUCGUCCAAUCAGAUCUCGUGGGGGAUCAAAUCAAGAGGAAUACAGAGAAACUGGUGCAGAAGCUAAUCUCAACCAACCGCCACAACCAUGGUAGAAGCAACAUCGUCAAUGUGGUGGCCAUUGUUGGCCAGGGCGGCAUAGGCAAGAGCACGCUCGCCAAGAAGGUCUUCGCAAGCGAGGCCAUCAAGGAGGAGUUCAAAACCAAGAUAUGGCUGAGCGUCACUCAACAGUUCACCAAGGUGGACCUGCUAAGGGCCGCCAUCUCCCAAGCUGGGGGGAAUAAGCAUGGUGAUGAGAAGGACGAGACCAUACUUGUGAACGUCCUCACCAACACCCUAUCAAACAACAAGUUUCUGUUGGUCAUGGAUGAUGUGUGGAACCAACAAGCAUGGGAAAACGUGCUCCGCACCCCCAUUCUUAAUGCUGCCGGUACACAACCAGGAAGCCGGGUAUUGGUUACCUCAAGAAUGGUUGAUGUUGUUGAGAGCAUGGGAGCUUCCAUCCUGCGUGUCAACACACUAAACAAUGAAGAUGCUUGGUGCUUGCUAAAGAAACAGCUGCCGCAGCCACAGGUCGGUGUUGGAAGUGAUUUUGAUGAGCUGAAAGAUAUUGGGAUGAAGAUUGUUAAAAAAUGUGAUGGUUUACCACUUGCUAUUAAAGUUAUG